GCAGAUAGGCAACUCAAUUUCCACAUCGUUUAAAACAAAAUGUCGAUCCAAGCUUCAGCAGCUUCUGAAGCCUUUACCCAAAAUAAAAACCGUCCCUCUGCAGAUUUUCAUCCCACCAUUUGGGGUGAUUAUUUCCUCUCUCACUGUGUGCAAAAGGAGCACAUCGAAAAAAUGCAGCAAAAGGUUGAAGAAUUGAAGGAAGAAGUUAAAGGGUUGGUAAUGACAUAUUCUCAGAAAAACCCUUUGCAAAAGUUGGAGUUGAUUGAUGCAAUCCAACGUUUAGGUGUGUCUUACCAUUUUGAGAGGGAGAUUAAUGAAGUAUUAGAAAAGAUCUAUAGCUCUUAUGGCUUUCGUGAUGAAGAGGAUGAUGACCUUUACACUAUUUCACUUUGGUUUCGUUUGCUUAGGCAACAUGGUUAUUAUAUUUCGUGCGAUGUACUUAACAAGUUCAAGGAUGGAGAUGGUGAAUUUAAGGCAUCCUUAACCGUUGAUGUUCCUGCCAUGCUAAGUCUGUACGAGGCAGCACACCUUCGCAUGCAUGGGGAAGAAAUUCUUGAUGAAGCCCUAGUUUUCACCACCAUUCAUCUUCAGUUAGAGUUGAGUAAUAUGAACUCCGACCUCGCUGGAAAGGUCACCUUUGCCCUUAACCGGUCCAUCGUAAAAACAUACCAAGGUCAGAGACAAGACAUUACAUCUCUUUCUACCCUAAAGAAAAUUCCCACAACAAAACUUUGUUGAAGUUGGCACAAUUGGAUUUUAAUAUUUUACAAGCAUUGCAUCAAAAGGAAGUAGCCAACCUUUCAAGGUGGUGGAAAAACUUGGACUUCAAAAGGAAGUUGCCUUAUGCAAGAGACAGACUGGUAGAAUUAUACUUUUGGAUUUAUGCAAUAUUUUUUGAACCCCAAUAUUCCCUUGCAAGAGAGUUAGUUACCAAAGUAAUAGCC